CAGCCCUAACCCCCAAGAUAGUUAAAACCUCUCUCUCUCUCUCUCUCUCGGAAGCCAAAGUGAAGCCAUCGUCUCUCUCUCACUCUCAUCUCUCACUCGCCACCGCCGUAUUUGCUUCCUCCGAAUCCGGGAGGAAGAUAUGAGCAAGAAAGCGAACCCCAGUGUCUUCUUAGAUGUAUCCAUUGAUGGGGCCCCGACGGAAAGAAUUGUGAUUGAGCUUUUUGCGGAUGUUGUGCCUAAGACAGCAGAAAAUUUUAGGGCUCUCUGUACAGGUGAGAAGGGCAUUGGAAAGUCUACAGGCAAACCUCUUCACUACAAAGGAACGCAAUUUCAUCGAAUUAUCAAAGGAUUUAUGGCGCAAGGUGGUGAUUUUUCAAAGGGGAACGGAACUGGCGGAGAAAGUAUUUAUGGAGGAAAGUUUGCAGAUGAAAAUUUUAAAUUGAAGCAUGAUAGACCCGGCCUUCUGUCUAUGGCAAAUGGCGGUCCAAAUACAAAUGGGUCUCAGUUCUUUAUAAUUUUCAAUCCUACACCACAUCUUAACGGGAAACAUGUUGUUUUUGGAAAGGUUACAAAGGGAAUAGAUGUAGUUCAGAAAAUUGAGAAAGCUGGAACAGAUCAAGGAAACCCUUCGCAACUGGUGAAAAUUGUAGACUGUGGUGAAGUUGAGAAUAGUAAAAUCACCAGUGCAACAGAGAAAGAGAAAGGGAAAAAGAGGAAAUCAGUGAAGAUUUCAUCAUCUGAGGAUAGUUCUGAUGAGGAAGUGAGAGGAAGGCGUAAAAAAUCUCUGAAGGAAAAGAGGAAGAAAAGAAAGAGAUAUUCUUCGUCUGAUUCCUCAGACAUGUCAGAUUCUUAUUCUUCAGAUUCACAUUCACAUUCACAUUCAGAUUCAUCCGACUCAAGUUCGCUUAGUGAUGAAAGGCGUAGGAAGAGAAAAGCCGUUAAAAGAGAUAAGCACUACCGUUCCAGGAAAAGAAGAGAUGGAAAAAAAGAGAGGAAGAGAGGCCGACAUGCCAAACAAUCAAGGCGCAAGUCAAAACGGAGGUCAGAAAGUUCAAGUGAUACUGAAAGUGAGAGUACUAGAAGCAGCGCCAGCAGUUCUGAUGAUGAUAAAGAUGGUCAUCGCGUUUCUUCUCGUAAAAACGGCAAUUUAAAGAAGGCAGAAAAUAAACUUCCAAGAAAUCUUGAUGUGGUAAAGCAAUCCCCACAAGGAGGGAAAAAAUCUAUUGAACAGAGGAAGAAUCUUGAUAGAAAGAAAAUUGGGGACAACUCAUCCGAGGAAGAAGGUGAAUUUUCUCCAAAGAAUGGUGUUCAUGUAACUAACGGGCAUAAUGCAGAAGCUAAAACUGCUAAUCAACAGUCCUACUCAGAUGACUCGAACAAGCCCAGCAGAAGUCCAUCACACAGUGCAAGUCCUAAGAGGAUUACUGGCAGAAGUCCACCAAGAAAUUCUCUCGAGCAAAAGAGAGGAAGGCCUUCUAGGAGUCCAUUGGGUAGUCCUGUCCGGAAAGCUCCUGAACCUUCUACUUCAAACCACGAACAGGGUUUGUCAAGAAGCACUUCUCCAAAUGGCACUCCCAAGCGCAUUAGGAAAGGACGUGGUUUCACUGAUCAAUAUGCCUUUGCACGUCGCUACCGUACUCCAUCUCCAGAGCGUUCACGGGGCAACUCUUAUCGUUACGGUGGAAGAGACAUUUAUAGAAGUAACCGUGAUAGGUACUCAAGCUACCGGAAUUAUUCUGAGCGCUCACAACCUCGACGUUUCCGGAGCCCACCAAGAGGCAGGAGUCCUCCCAGAUCUCGAAGCCAGAGAAGUCGAAGUAGGAGCAUAUCUCGGAGCCCUGGUGGAUAUCGUGGCCGGUAUAGGGACCGCAGUCGCAGCCGUAGUCGUAGUCCAGCAGAUCGACCUCCUAUAAGUGACAGAUUAAAAUCCCGCCUUGGACCUCGCAUUGGUGAUCAGCGUUCUCCAGACAGAGGUAGGGCUAAGUCCAGGUCGAGAAGCCGAGGGGUAUCUCAUUCCAGAUCUCCCAAUGCUACACCUAAGCGUCGUAACAGGACGACUAGGUCUCCCAGUAGGUCAAGAUCAAGCUCUCCAGCUGAACAAAGGGGGUUGGUCUCAUAUGACGAUAUCAGUCCUGAAUCCUGAGUCCUGACUCAUGGGAAGAGAAGCAAAUGAUAAUAUGAUAUAUCCAGUUCAUGCAUCUGUACACAGAAUGGAUAAUAGGUAUCUCAUUGGACUUGGUUUUGCAUGGGCAAUAGAAUGUGAAUGUAAUGGAGUCCUCAUUUCAGAGGACGUGCGGGCGUCUCUUUUUUCAUCCAAUAGUUCUGAGACUUUUGCAUCAGGGUUUAGAGCAAAGAAACAGCUUAUGUUUGAUUAUGCUUUUUUCUUUUUUAAAAUUUUUGCUGAAAUUGAAGAUGCAUUGGAUGUCCCAGAUUCUUGCAGAUUUUGUAGCUCUCUAAUAUCCUUCCAUUA